AUGGCCAAUACUCUCUCUCCUUCUGACCUUAAGCGCUAUGCUAAAGAAAUGCGAAAGUUGUCAACACAAAGGGUCCAGAAACCUUGGCAUCGUAGUUCCUGUCCUCAUGUUAAACGUAGUGCAGCUGAAAAAUCAGCUGCCAGAAAGUGGUGCAAGGAAUUUCAUACUGAGUAUUCAGCUGCACUUGCUGCAGCACAAGACAUCAUAUGGGAACAAGCCAUACAAUUACGUGAAAAUCAUGCAAAAUGGUUAACAAAUGUCCAGCAACUCUGCUGGAAUGCAUUUGUCCGACAGGAGGUGAAGUGUGCUAAUGACGUGCUUCCACCUGGUACUGAGUGUCAGAAGGCCCCUGCAAUGAUGAAGGACUUGUCGGAACGCUGGAAGGACAUGUUGAAGGAUGAACAUGAAGCCAUAAUGGAGGAUGCUGUUGGAGACCUUAAUGAUCAUGGUAAACGAACAUUAGCUUCCAUUGAUCGCAAGCUUGCUGCUUUAAAUGCACGGACAGGCAUGAAGAUAAUUAUGCUUGCUGUGCACUCAGAUGUUGACCACUUUAACCAACCACAUGUAUUUCAUACUGAACGUGCUCAUGACUUCUUCACUGCAUGUUUGAAAUCUUUGGUUCAUGAUUUUGCCUUUAGACUGGAGGGUUUUUGUGUUGCAGGUGUGCAAGGUCUAGCCAAAACACACAUCAAGGAGGUCAUACAGUUAAAGAGGCAGAUAAGCGAGUUAGUCUUGCAAAAACUUCAGACCGUUGCUGCACUGCAGAAGGUUUCACAAAUGUACUAUCAAAACUUUGACACUAACGUCACUGCACAGUACCGCAUCAUUAUUGAGAAUUGGCUGCUGGCAAAAUUCUGGGCCCCCAGUGAUAUUAGCUCACACAAUGAGCUGUCAGUCCUUUACUGUGCUUGGGAAUCUGAUGCUACUCAAUUCCGCUGCCUCACUGACACUGAAUUCGAACUCUGGGAGGAGGAUCAGUUCCAGGCAGCAUUGGUGCGACAGAACGAAGCUACUGUGGAGGGCACUCAACUAAGUGAGCACCCUCUCGAGUCAUCACCAGUCACUACAGACACUGUGCACCCCAACAACACUGACCCACAGACUCAACCACAGCUGGAUGCUAACCCUCGUCCUUCUGGCUCCUCUCAACCUUGUGGACGCAAACGCAAGGCUCCAUCUGCAGAGAAAAAGGCUCGGAAAGAGAGAUCUGACAAAGGGAAGGCAUGUGGACCACGGAAAAAGGUUCCCACUGACGUCCCGCAAGAGUCUGAGGUUCCUCCUGUUGUCAAUUCUCCUCCUCUCACAACUGCAGCCCAUGCCACAGGUGCUCCUCCUGCAUCUGCAGAGUGA